CGCUCACCCAAAAACCGACAGUCUCCUCACAUUUUCAAUCAAAACCACAUCAUAUUCUUUGGGUAGCUACCAGGUAGACUCCGUGCCAAUUACCCGCAAAGAUGCUUGUUUAGCGUCGCCCUCUCGUCAACUCCUUCAUUAGUACUAGUAGAAGAAGAACAAGCAUACAAUUAUCAUGAGCGAGCGACAAGAAAGCAGUCCUCCAAGCGAAGGCAAAAGCAUAAAGCGUGCUCCCGAUGGGAAAACUCCCGAGAAGCGGCUUCGUGUGGAUGUAGGCAGGCAUGGCAAGAAGGGUGAUCGAAAGGCGGGCCAAUACGACCUGACGCCUGUCAUUUCUCCUUCCCAGGACCCAAGGUAUCCCUCAACUCCCUCAUUUUCGAUAGACCCGUGGGAGGUGAACGUAUCGCCGACUCAAAGUGAGAGUACCUGUAGUCUCAAGAGGGUCCGAACCGUCGUUGAUCGCACCCCUGGGGAUGAUGACGGUUCGAGCCUUGCUCAAAGCUAUGAUACUGAUCUUGGAGACGACAAUGGAUAUGAUCCAGACGAUGACGAGGACGAUGAGUUUAUUCUCACUGACAGAGACACGGGUCCAUCGGAAGGACAUGUUAAUGGGGUAGCAAGGGCGUGCAAUCCUGCAAAUCGAUUCUUGGUUCCUUCAGAUAUCCAUCCCAACAUGGAGCAACGAGAGGAAGAUAUUGCACAGCUGAGGCUCUUGGCUGGAAAGCUAUCAGCUGACUGGAAAGGCCAGGAUUUUAUGGCACCUGCCCUCGCUAGACGGAUACGAGACUUUCAAUUUGCCCAGGAAAAGCGUCGGAAAAAGUAUGGAGAUGAGAGACCAUUUGGCAUUCUUGGGCUAUACGAUCACCUGGCCGCUAUCCGAGUGGAUGUUGAAUGGGCAGAAGAUGCAGCUUGGAGACGAGCCAACGGAGAACCGUACUUUUCUUGGGCAGAUUUUGACAACAGUAAGAAAAAGGGAAGGAAUCGCCCGUUCUUUGUGUACACAAUCUGCACGAUCUGCACUCUCGUCAUGAUAGCCUCCAUUGCUAUGAACGAUUGGAGCUUUGAACCACUUGAUCAGAAUCCCAUGAUCGGGCCUAGUGCUGAAACGCUUCUUCGGAUGGGAGCCAAGGAUUCAUACCUUAUCGUCAACGAAAAUGAAGCAUGGAGACUGCUAUCUUCCGCGGUUCUGCAUGCAGGUCUUGUGCAUUACUUUGUCAAUAUGCUCGCACUCUGGUUUGUCGGUGCUGCCAUUGAGACGAGCCAUGGAUUUGUACAAGCUACGAUUCUGUUUGUCAUUCCUGCCGUAGGAGGCACCAUCUUGAGUGCAAUAUUUCUCCCCGAAUACAUCACGGUAGGAGCCAGUGGAGGGAUCUUCGGUCUUAUCGGUGCUUGCCUCUCCGAUAUUAUCAUGAACUGGAAGCUUCUAUUCUGUGAUUUUGUCACAGAAAAUGGGAAGAGGCAUCGCCACGCCAUGGUCGUUGUCUUUCUCCUCUUGGAUAUUGUGCUGAACUCGAUCAUUGGUCUCACUCCAUACGUGGACAACUUUACACAUUUGGGAGGCAUGGCAUUUGGUUUGCUAUGCGGAUUGAGCACGAUGGAGCGCCUGCCAACAAGCUUCUUUGGUAUGGAAGAAGGCUGCUGGUCUCAAGCAAAGCAGAUCCUUAUUCGUUUCUUUGGGCUCAUCAUAAGUAUCAUUAGCAUCAUCAUUGCAGCCAUCAUCCUGCUCAACGGAGACGGUGAAACUACACCAUGUCCAAACUGCACAUGGCUAUCGUGUGUACCGUUCCCCCCGUGGGAGGAAAAGAGUAACAAAUGGUGGUACUGCGAUGACUGCGGUCGCGUCACAGCCGAAAUCGUUCAUGGUUCUGACUUGCAUCUACAGCUGAAAUGUCCAGAUGGCUCAACGGCCAGAGUAAGCUUGAACACCGACGGACAAGACCCCGACAGGCACGAGCUGGAAAAACGUCUCCCAUCCUAUUGCAGAGAACUGUGUGUUGACUCUCAACGACUGCUAUUCGAGACAAGCCAGGAACUAAAUUGAACAGAGAAAUGCGAAACAAGUAACAGAAGAGGUACUAUAGUAUUGAUAUAGACACAUUAAUACAAACACUAAGGUUAUGUACUUGAACGAGCUAAUGGGCCUA